CGGAGAGACAACAAGAGGCUGGAUGAAUGUAGCUAGCGAGCGAGGAGAUGAAUGUAAACGUGUAUAAUAACAGAUAUACCUUACAACUAGGUUGACACUGCAUUUAUAAUUCUUACAUUCUCAGCAAUGUCUACGAUGACAGGGCCUCUGUUUCUAGUUUGACUGCAGCAGUCUCAAGUGUCCAGUUGGAUUGAAGUCUGAGUAGCAGCUAGGGACUGUAGAACAGUCCUCUCCGAUGUAUUGCUUGCUAGCUGGCCAGUAGUCUACACAUUGCUGGAGAAGCUGGUGUUUGUUAGCUAGCUAGCUAGCCAGUUCUCUGCACUGAAACGUCAAUGCCAACAUGGCAGGGAGCAGCCAUGGCACGGGCUCUGGAGUUGGGGAAGAUAAGAGUUUUCGCAGUAAACAAAAUGAAGACGUGAACAAGAAGUUGAAGUACAUCAGUUUGGCUAUCUUGGUGAUCCAGAACGCCUCACUCAUUCUCAGCAUCCGAUAUGUUCGCACACUGCCAGGGGAUCGCUUCUUUGCGACCUCGGCUGUCGUCAUGGCAGAGAUUCUCAAAGGCUGCACUUGUCUGCUCAUCAUUUUGUUUCAAAAAAGGGGUAACCUCAAGGAGUUUGGGGUUCUCCUGUACGACUCCAUAGUCGUUCAGUUCAGGGACACGCUAAAACUGGCCGUCCCGUCCCUUAUCUACACACUUCAGAACAACCUGCAGUAUGUGGCCAUUUCAAACCUCCCAGCAGCCACAUUCCAGGUGACGUAUCAGCUGAAGAUCCUGACCACAGCCCUCUUCUCCGUGCUGAUGCUGCGGAAGAGCCUGUCGCGGGUGCAGUGGGUCUCCCUGCUGCUGCUGUUCGCCGGCGUCGCCGUCGUCCAGGUGCAGCAGGAGAGCGGCAAGCAGAAGGAGGCCUCGGCGGCCGACUCCGGCCAGAGCUACGGCAAGGGUCUGGUGGCGGUGGUGGUGUCGUGCCUGUCGUCCGGCUUCGCCGGCGUCUAUUUUGAGAAGAUCCUCAAGGGCAGCUCGGCGUCCGUGUGGCUGCGGAACGUGCAGCUGGGCAUCUUUGGCACGGUCCUGGGACUGCUGGGCCUGUGGUGGAACGACGGUGCCGCCAUCGCCGAGAAGGGCUUCCUGUUUGGCUACACGCCCAUGGUGUGGGGCGUGAUCCUCAACCAGGCGUUCGGCGGCCUCCUGGUGGCCGUGGUGGUGAAGUAUGCCGACAACAUCCUGAAGGGCUUUGCCACCUCCUUCUCCAUUGUUGUGUCCACCAUCAUGUCCGUCUACCUCUUCGGCUUCCACGUGGACUUGGUCUUCACGCUGGGCGCAGGGCUGGUCAUUGGGGCCGUGUACAUGUAUAGUUUGCCCAAGCCGAGUGUCGCUGCCUCUUCCUCGGCCUCAGCCGUGAGCCACGGAAGAAGCAACCCAGGAGGAGACUCAGAGCUGGAAGCUUUUCUCUCCAAGAAUCCUGUGAAAGAAAAGGAAAGCUGAGAUUGCUACAUCUCUGCUUCAGUGAUAUAAUAAAAGUUGUGAAAGAGCCCUGCCAAAGCAACACGGAAAAAAUGGAUUUGUGAUGGUUCAAGUGCCUUCUGUCAAUUGUAAGUUGUAGCAGUUAGUUUAAGCAUUUCUUUAUGACUUUAGCAUCCACUGAUCUGCAAAAUAAUACAUAUAUAUUUUUUGCAUUUGUGGAAACCUCAUCUGUUUUUACAUAGAUUGAAACUUAAAAUAUGGACACACAUACAGUAGGUACUGAGUUUGAUCAUGUAAUUUAGCUAGGCAACAUGUUAUGGUUAAAUUGCUUGAUGCUAUCCUCUGAUAUGACACUAUCAUAUGGUUGUAACAUAUUUUAAUGAUUUACAUUUCUUUUUACCUCAUUGAAAACCCUUGAAAAAAGGGGUUUAUGUUCAGUUGUCUGCUCACACUACAUCUAUCUGCAGAUGUGAAUAGGCACUAUGCACAUUAAUUUAAGUGUCUUUGAAAUGUGUAUUAAGCAAUGCAUUUCAUUUAGCGAUGCACACUCACUCAUAACCAUUGAACACAGUAUUGAUGCUUUGAGAGCAGUUUGAGAGAGACUGUCUUAACAGUGGGUGUAUUAGUCAUGUGACUGAUAAUGAAAUUGUCGGGUGGCUUGAUCUGUUGUAUGUUGGCGCCCCCCUCUGGCACAAAUGCAUAUCUUCAGCUAAACACAACUAUUUGACAGCAGUGCAGUGCAGUGUAUGUGUUUGCUGUGCAAUAUAUGAAAGUUAAUUAUAGGAAAUUGCAAUUAUUGAAUUAAAGUGAAAUGACUGACAUGAAGAAACUGGUGCUAUAAUAACAAACCUGAUUGAAUAUUGUAUGCUUUAACACCUCAUUUGCCAGUAUUUUUUUACAAGAUGAUUCCAAGUUGGCUAUGUAUUUUUGUGCUCAUGCUGCAAUCUGGUUUGAU